AUGGAAAACCAAACAACGGUCUUGUUUCUCACUCGUCUGUCUGAUCUUCCGAAUCUACAAGUUCCUCUGUUCCUGGUGUUUCUCCUCAUUUAUCUUUUCACACUGACUAUCAACCUUCUCAUCCUUCUCCUGAUCUUCACUGAUUCCCAUCUUCACACCCCCAUGUACUUCUUCCUUGGAACCCUGGCAUGUCUAGAUUUGAGUUACUCCUCAGUCACUGUCCCAAGAAUGCUCUAUGAUUUACUCACAGGUAGAAGGGACAUUUCUUUACCAGCUUGUAUAACUCAGAUCUACUUCUUAAUGUUUUUUGCUGUAUCAGAGAUGGCUGUGCUGGCAGUGAUGUCCUAUGACAGAUACAUUGCCAUCUGCCGCAGUUUCUUUUGGGUCACCUUUUACCCAUACAUCAGCAUAAUAAUGACAGUUCUUAAAAUCCCAUCAAUAAACAUGAGAUCCAAGGCUUUCUCCACCUGCUCCUCCCAUCUAACUGUCGUCUUUAUAUUUUACAGCACUAUUUUCUUCAAUUAUUUUAGCCCAAAUUCAAAGUAUCAUGUUAUUGAGGACAAAGUGGCUUCUGUAGUUUAUGCAAUAUUAACCCCCUUAUUAAAUCCCGUGAUCUACAGUCUGAGGAACCAGGAGCUCAAAACAUCACUAAGAAGGUCUUUACACAGAUUGUAA